UUUGCCAUCAUGGAUGCCAUAUCAGAAGCCAGUGACACAUUUGCCUUAAGCCUUUUGAAAACCUUGGGUGAAAACAACUCAGAAAACAUAUUCUUUUCACCCAUGAGCAUCUACUCCUCCCUGAGCAUGGUCUACAUGGGUGCAAAGGGGAACACCGCUGCCCAGAUGUCCCAGGUCCUUUCUUUCAAUAAAAUUGAAGGUGGAGGUGAAGAUGCUCAGAUGGGCUUCCACAGGCUUCUCACUGAAGUCAACAAACCCAACACUCAAUACUUAUUGAGAACUGCCAACAGGCUCUUUGGAGAAAAGACUUAUGAAUUCCUCUCAUCUUUUAAAGAUUCCUGCCGCACCUUCUACCAAGCAGAGCUGGAAGAGCUUGACUUUGUGGAUGCUGCAGAAGAUUCCAGAAAGCACAUCAACACCUGGGUAACCCAGAAGACAGAAGGUAAAAUUACAGAGUUGCUUUCACCCAAUUCUGUUAAUUUCCUGACUAAGCUGAUUCUCGCCAAUGCUGUGUACUUCAAAGGAGAUUGGGACAAGCAGUUUAAGAAAGAGCACACCCAGGAAAGACCCUUUAAAAUCAACAAGAAUGAGGAGAAACCUGUGCAGAUGAUGUUCCAGGAAUCUGUGUUUAAACUGACUUACAUACAAGAAAUACACACCCAGAUUCUGGUGCUUCCCUAUGUUGGAAAGGAGCUAAGUAUGAUCAUCAUGCUUCCGGAUAAAAACACAGAUUUAAAAACGGUUGAAAAAGAAUUUGCUUAUGAAAAAUUCGUAGAAUGGACAAGUCCUGACAAGAUGAAGGAAACCAAAGUGAAAGUUUUGCUUCCUAAAUUUAAAAUGGAGGAAAGUUAUGACCUGAAGAAGGUCCUUCCCACAUUGGGCAUGAUUGAUGCCUUUGACAAAAUCAGGGCCGACUUCUCUGGAAUGUCGCCCAAGAAAGAAUUGUUCAUAUCCAAUGUUGCACACAAGGCUUUUCUAGAGGUCAACGAGGAAGGCACCGAAGCCGCGGCUGCCACUGCUGCCGUGAUGUCAGUCCGCUGUGCGAGGCUCACUCCCCUGUUCUGCGCUGAUCACCCCUUCCUUUUCUUCAUCCAGCACACCAAGACCAACUGCAUUCUGUUCUGUGGUAGGUUCUCCUCGCCCUAG